AUGGCUGCCGAAGCUGUCACUUUGUUUUGUUUUCGUAUCGUUAUUCGAGGAAAAAAAUGUGGAGCGAUCCGCGAUCGUUUCGAUGUGAAUACAAAAUUUCAUGAAGUAUUACUGCCAAGUGGACCGACAUUCGCCUUCACUGAAGAUAAACAAAAAGAUAAAAAAUUCCCCUGUUCAAAAUGUACAAGUGUCUUUAGCUAUAAAGGUGGAUUGAAAUAUCACGAAAAAUUCGAAUGUUCACAACCGCCACGAUUUUAUUGUAGUUAUUGUUCGUAUCGAGCGAGACAUGUUUCAAAUACACGAAAACAUAUUCGUAGAACUCAUCCCGAUCUCUAUUAUGGAAAUGAUGGUGCAAUGUCUUAUGAAAUGUUGAAUGCAAGAAAUACAUCAAGAGAUUCAACGAGAAAAUUUGGCUGUCCAAAUUGUCCGAGUGUAUUCAGUCGUAAGGAUAAUUUACGAUAUCACAUGAAAUUUAAAUGUGGUCAAAAUCCACGUUUUUUGUGUCCAUAUUGUGAAUAUAAAACGCGACAUCCAUCAAAUGCUCGCGCUCACAUUAGAAGAAAGCAUCCCGAUUUUAAAGUAUAUUUCGUCGAUAUGUAUCAACCGCAAGAAAAUGUUUAA